AUUUUUGGUGGUUAACCUCAUGCCGAAAUAGAAAUUAUAAAUAUAGAGUCGCGGAUGGAGACAAAAUACACUUGUUGCUCUUCCAAUCCCAGGAAGCGAAACACGCUUGGAACUCGAGUGAACUGGACCAACAGAGACAUGGAGUCACUUCGUUAGUUUUAAUCAAGAGACAAACUGCAGUCAAAGAAGCUCCAUCGACUUCUAGUUAUUAUCUAAAAAACCUUGUGCUCAUUUAUCCUAAUGACGGAAUAGUCACGGACCUAACAGUGGCUGGACUACUAAAUUACAUCUCCUGGCUAACGGUCAUGUUUUUGUUAUUGAUGGACCUCAUGACUUGAAUAAUUUGCACAGUUUCUGGGACGGACACCAAGGAGGACACUAGACACUGGAAGAGGUGGUGACCAUUUCCUCUGCAAGAAGUGUGAAACAUGCCCUUGCCGUUUGGCUUUAAACUCAAAAGGACUCGAAGGUAUACAGUUUCAAGCAAGAGCUGUCUUGUCACUCGGAUUCAGCUUCUCAAUGGAGACUUUGUUGAGUUUACUCUGUCUGUGGAAAGCACUGGGCAGGAAUGUUUGGAAGCAGUAGCCCAGAGACUCGAGUUAAGAGAGAUCACAUAUUUCAGUCUUUGGUACUACAAUAAGCAGAACCAGCAGAGAUGGGUGGACUUGGAGAAGGCGCUGAAGAAACAGCUGGACAAGUAUGGYGUGGAACCCACCGUUUACUUUGGAGUCUUGUUUUACAUACCCAGUGUCACCCAGCUGCAACAGGAAAUCACAAGAUAUCAGUAUUAUUUGCAGUUAAAGAAGGAUGUUCUGGAGGGCAGAAUCUCGUGCUCCCUGGACCAAGCUAUACGUUUAGCUAGCUUUGCAGUGCAAGCUGAUUUUGGAGACUUCAGUCAAUAUGAUUCCCAGGAUUUUCUUCAGAAGUUUGCACUGUUUCCUAUUGAUUGGAUUCAGGAUGAACAGGUGCUGGAGGAGGCCACACAAAAAGUGGCGCUCCGCUAUCAGUCAUUCAGAGGUUUACCAGCUUCAGAGGCAGAAAUGCUGUACAUGCAGGAGGUAGAGAAAAUGGAAGGCUAUGGCCAGGAAAACUACCAAGCAAAGGACAGUACAGGCACAGAUGUUACCCUGGGAUCCUGCCUCGAUGGUAUCUUUGUUAAAUUUAAGAAUGGACGUCCACCUCUAUUGUAUAGGUGGCAUGAUAUUAACAACAUGAGUCACAAUAGAUCCUUCUUUGCCCUGGAGCUGGCCAACAGAGAGGAGAGUGUUCAGUUCCAGACCGAAGACAUGGAAACGUCUAAAUAUGUGUGCCGGCUGUGCCUGGCCAGACUCAAGUUUUAUAAGAUUAACAGGAGUAGCCUAGGGGAGUGUACCCCCCUGCCUUCUGAGGGCUCCCAGAAGUCCCUUCUCACUCUGUCCUUUCCUCGUUUUCCAAUGCUCUCUCGUACCUCUCUUCCUUCUGAUAAGGGCCAAAGCCAACCAGCAGCUGUCAACCCAGUCAGACGGAGGUCUUCAACGAGAGUAACUUUGCCAAAGCCACAGGGCUACAUGAUGGCCCCUCCACAGAUGCACUAUAAUGGUCAUUUCACGGAGCCUUACACAUCAUCACAAGACAACCUGUACAUGAACAGUCAGAAUGGUUACUACUACCACUCACAGACCAGCCUGGACCGUUCUCCUCUAGAAUACAACAGUGGAGGGCGUUUACGUAAUGGCAGUGUGUACAGCGCCCACAGCACCAGCUCUCUAACCAAUCCCCAGCACUACCUUCAGCCCUCACCCAUGUCCUCCAACCCCUCUAUCACCAGUGACAUCACCAGGCCAGAUUACGUUCCCUCCCAUCGCCACAGUGCGCUCAUCCCACCCUCCUAUCGUGCCACCCCUGAUUAUGAAACGGUGAUGCGCCAAAAAACGCGUGGUGUGGGGGGAGGAAUGGUUUUGUCUCAAGAACAUCGGCAGAGUCACUCCAUGAGGAACUUAAACAUUGGAAACUCGUAUGCCUACAGCAGACCAGACCCUCUAGUUUACAGUCAACCAGAAAUAAGGGUAGAACAUGGUGGAACAUCUCAUCAUCACCAAUAUCCCUUUCACCUGGGCUCCAGCUUCCACAGCCCUUCUCCAUACCCCUAUCCAGUGGAACGUAGGCCUGUUGUGGGAGCAGUCAGUGUCCCGGAGCUCACAAAUGUCCAAUUACAACAGGCGCAAGAGUAUCCAGCUACCAACAUCAUGAGAACUCAAGUUUACAGACCGCCUCCACCUUACCCAUACGCCCAUCCUCGUCCUGCUAACAGCACACCUGAUCUUUCACGUCACCUGUAUGUCAGCAGUAGUAACCCCGACUUAAUCAUCACAAGGCGUGUGCAUCACUCAGUCCAGACCUUCCAGGAAGACAGUCUGCCUGUUGCACACUCUUUACAAGAGGUGUCCGAACCUCUUUUCAGCGGGCCUCCACAUCGGCAGCCAUACCAUGCUCAGAAACGUAACUCAAUCGAGAUUGCUGGUUUGGCUCACAGUCUUGAGGGAGUGAGGGUCAACGAGCGAACUGUGUCUUCCUCAGGAGCAGAAACAGCCACCCCGUCUCUAGUUGUUCAUGGUGGUCCUGCUCAGGGGUCCCAACUUGAUGUGUUUUUGGAGCAUACAAAAACAGAAGAGAGGGGGGACAUUAAAGAAAGAGUCAAGUACGGGCACAAGAAGUCCCUAUCUGAUGCAACGAUGUUAGUUCACAGUAGUGGAGAAGAGGAAGAGUUUGAGGACGAUAAUGGAUGCCACACUCCACUUUCACAGGAGGCCAUUCAAGGUAUUAUUCCCGAGCAGCUACUGCAGCAGCACGGUAGCCUGAACCCUCUCUCUUCUCUGACAACACAACAGACACCCACAGAACCUCCUCCUGCAUAUCCCAUUGGUUCUGCUCUGGACCCCUCCAUGACCAGCUCAUUAGUCUAUAAAGUUCAUCCCCUGAUCCAUAAGAAUGAGCCCCUUUACCUGCUGUCAGAAUUAAGACAACCUGAAAUUAUGCCCUCGAUGUCAGAGGGAGAUGUGAAUGAGCAGACAAAUGAAAAGCCCAAAAAAGAUUUUAAGAAGAGGCCUGAUGUGUCUGACGUGACUUCUGGGAGGAAAACGGGAGAUGGUUUACCCCCACCAGGAAUGAAGAAAUGCUCGGUGAAGAAGAUGGGCCCUCUGAAGGUGGCUCGUCUCAAUGGCCUCUCAGUGUCCAGGAAGCCAGUGCAAGAGGAGAUCAAAGACGAGCCUGAGCAAAUUUCGAAUGACGAAAAGUGUAAACUGCUGGAGGAGCACGUGGAAAAAGGAGAGCUGUUAAAAGAGUACGAGAGUGUCCCAAAGCAUCGUCAGGGAGCAGAGUACACCAUCUGUGGUUAUGCAGAAAAUUUAGACAAGAACCGAUUUCUAGACAUUCUGCCUUAUGACGACAACAGAGUGGAGCUGGUUCCCACUAAAGAGAACAACACAGGUUACAUCAAUGCAUCACCCAUUAAAGUCAAAGUAGGCGAACAGGAGUGGAGUUACAUUGCUGCGCAGGGUCCUAUGUCGCACACAUGUCAAGACUUYUGGCAGAUGGUGUGGGAGCAGGGUGUUUCCAUCAUAUGCAUGGUCACUGCUGAAGAGGAGAGCGGGCGAGAGAAGUGUUACCGUUACUGGCCCCGACUUGGCUCACGGAACAACACUGUGACUUAUGGACGCUUUAAGAUAACCACGCGGUUCCGUACCGAGUCUGGCUGCUAUGCCACAACAGGGCUGAAGAUCAAAUCCCUUUUGACGGGACAGGAGAGGACUGUCUGGCACCUGCAGUACACAGACUGGCCUGACCACGGUUGUCCUGAGGACUUCAAAGGCUUCCUCAUGUACCUGGAGGAGAUCCAGUCUGUGAGGAGACACACAAACAGCAUCAGUGAUCCAAAGAACAUCAACCCACCUGUGGUGGUCCACUGCAGUGCCGGGGUGGGUCGGUCAGGAGUUGUCAUCCUGUCUGAGAUUAUGAUAGCAUGUCUGGACCACAAUGAGCCAUUAGACGUCCCAAAGUAUCUGCGGAUGCUGCGUGAUCAGAGGUCCUGCAUGGUUCAGACCUUGUCUCAGUACACCUUCGUCUACAAAGUCCUCAUCGAGUAUCUCCGCAAUUCCAGACUGAUCUGACCUCAGACGACUUUUGGGUGACUCAUCACAGAUGAUUGAAGGAUGGAUUUAUGUUGAACAAUGGUGCAUUGAUGCAACUUCUUAAUUUUAUAGAGGCCAAAGUUUGGACCCUGGUUUGUGCUAAAGUAUUAAAUUAGAUUGAAGACAUGAAAUAUGUGGAUGUACGAGAAACGCCAAAUGAAGACAUCUGCAUACUGUGACCUGCCUCGAAACAGUAUUAUCGAAUUAUGUUUUUUUACAAACAAUUUUUAAUAAAGCCCAGCACUUUCAUUGUACCAUGUUGUACAUAAUGACUCAAUAUUAAGCUACAUAAAACAAAUACUCUAUUGUUGAAAACCUGUAUUUUCAUUUGCCUAAGGACACUUUUUUAAAUGUGUUUUGAUUUCUGCUGCUUGGUUUUAAUCAAAGCUGAAAUAAUACUGCCCAGAGUUCAGAGCAAUAUUAAACAAUCAGCACUGAGCUUGGGUUGUGGAACUGAGUGCAGUAGUUAACCUUUUAAAUAUUUAAUUAACUUUUCUACGGUUGAACACCAAGACAUAUUGGACUGGUUGUUGUGAAACACUGGACUGAUGGAAAUUUGCAGUACACAUUUGGAAGAAAAAAAAAAGUAAUCCUUUUGGUUACAACAUCAGGUUUGGGAUUUAUGAUGAUAUAUUUUCAGAGUGGUGAUGUUACAAAGUGCUCAAUUAUCUGCACUAAAAAGCUUUUCUGUAUUUUUUAUGUUUUUCAUUCAGUAUAACUUAUUGAAGCAAUCAACAUUUUUGUACAAACAUCAAUCAAGAACUAGAAGUUGACAUAAAAAGAUCUGUAAUAAUGGGCAGGAGGUCACACAUGCAGUGGGGUGAGUUUCACACUGAUGAAUAGACUGGCUUCAGUUUCAGGGCUCUGGCUGCUACUCUUGUUUUCAGUCCAUCAGACACUUCCUAUUUGAACUAAUAACCUCCUGACGAAUAAACACAUCUUGUGUCAUUCUGCUCUGCUGAAGUUUAGUCCAGAUGAUUUCUCCCAGUGAAAUCAGAAUAUAAACUGCACAGAAACAAUGUUUACAAGCACUGUAAGGAGCUCUUGGAACAUUAUUUUUCUUAUACAUUGUAAAGGUGCCACUUUAAUCAGGUGCCCUGACUGUUGUUGACAAUUUUAUUCAAGACACUUCAGGUUUUGCUGAAAUAAAUAAAGAAAAAAAAUGCAUUUGAACUGAUUUGAUGGACUGUUUUCCAAAACUCAAUUUCUUUUAAUUUUAUUUUUUUGGUUUUGCAAUGAAGUUUGGAAACUGAAAGGAGGGGGGGRAAAGGCGUUUGUGCCCAAAAAGUAAAUGUUUGUCCAUGUACAGGUAUGUUUCAUAAUGUACACAAUGUAAAAUGCUGCUUCACUGAAAAUUGUACAGAAAUUUGUAUAAACUAUGUAUUAAAUAAAACAUGUUCCUGAUUAAAAGUGUGGAAAAUAAAAA